GCUCGGGCGUGGACGGGGCGGGCGCCGGGGCGGGGCGCGCGUCCUCGCGGGUUUGAAUGGAAAGGACCAGUCCGGCGGGGACGGCGGCGCGCCGCUCCUGAAGCCAGACCUCCAUCCCGGCCCCGGUGCCCGCGACAUGAGGUGCGGCGCCCCCUGCCCGCGUGCCGGUCAUGGAGGUGCUGCGGCGCUCCUCGGUCUUCGCCGCGGAGAUCAUGGACGCCUUUGACCGCUCGCCCACGGACAAGGAGCUGGUGGCCCAGGCCAAGGCGCUAGGCCGGGAGUACGUGCACGCGCGGCUUCUGCGCGCCGGCCUCGCUUGGAGCGCGCCGGAGCGCGCCGCCCCGGCCCCCGGCGGCCGCCUGGCCGAGGUGUGCGCGGUGCUGCUGCGCCUAGGGGAUGAGCUGGAGCAGAUUCGGCCCAGCGUGUACCGAAAUGUGGCCCGCCAGCUACACAUCUCUCUGCAGUCUGAGCCCGUGGUGACUGAUGCGUUCCUGGCUGUGGCAGGACACAUCUUCUCUGCAGGCAUCACUUGGGGCAAAGUGGUAUCCCUGUAUGCAGUGGCCGCUGGACUGGCCGUGGACUGCGUGCGGCAGGCCCAGCCUGCCAUGGUUCACGCCCUGGUCGACUGCCUGGGGGAGUUUGUGCGCAAGACCUUGGCGACCUGGCUGCGGAGGCGUGGAGGAUGGACCGACGUCCUCAAGUGUGUGGUCAGCACGGACCCUGGUCUCCGCUCCCAUUGGCUUGUGGCCGCAAUCUGCAGUUUUGGCCGCUUCCUGAAGGCCGCCUUCUUCCUCCUGUUGCCAGAGAGAUGAGUUGCCCAUUUGGGCAGGGGCUGCACCAAGGCUCCCUUGCAGCACCCAAGCCAGGACCCCCAUGUACCUGGAGCCCUGUUCCUCUGCAGACCCUCAUAUCUGGGACGGAUGGGGGGGUGCCUUUCCUGAACCUGGAGUUGCUUGUGGUCUGUCUCCAGAAAGGGUCAGCUCCAGACCCUAAAGGAAAGUUUCUGGCAACACCAUGCUCAUAUUUGAUGCCCCAGGCCCCACCCCAGGAAGGGGCCAUCUCAGGACACGAGCUGGCCUCCGUCCUUGUGGGCAGCAGGCUCUGCACAUGUCAUCUGAAGGUGACUCUGGCUGGGCCAAAGCUGGAGGAGCCAUGGGCUCUCAUAGGCCACAAAAUAGGGCUCGUGUGCUGGUUGCUUAGGCCAUUUCUAGAGGAGAAUGUGUUCCCGACCCAUGCUGGGUCCUUGUGUGGUAGGGACCAGGAGUGUGGAGCUCCAGGCCAGUUUGCUUGACCAGUGAAUGCCAAGAUCCUGUGGCCAAGAAGGCCGGACUGGACCCCAAUAAUAAAAAAGCUUUACCCAGUGGAGGGCAAACAGGACCCUGGCUCUGCUUUCCUUGUGCCUGUCCUCAUGGGAAGACUUAGAUCUGAGGACGCCAAGCCCUUUAAGGUGCACUAGACGCCCAAGCCACCCCGCAGCCGCCCUUGAUGGCUACAGUUCCCCAGGCC